CCCCCAUCGCCACCUCCGACACCAUCUACGAGCUGGGCUUCGAGAAGGCGCUGAAGAAGCAGAACAAGGAGCAGGCGCUGAAGAAGCAGAACAAGGAGCAGGUCCCUCCCGCUUCCGCGCCCGAGCAGCCGCACCGCAAGCAGCACGCGGGGAAGAGCGCGAAGAAACCGUCGGGGAACGACGCUGGUGUCAAGCCCGGCAAAUGCCGCUCGCUGGAGGAAGCCCUGAGAGCUCUUGACCUGGUGGACCUGCAGAAGGAGCUGGAUAAAAGCCAGAGCGUGUUCCCCGAGAACCCCUCAGUCUGGGUGAAGGACCUGGCCAGCUAUCUCAACUACAAGCUGCAGGCGCCCAGGAGCGACCCCAUGCUCAGCCAGCACCCCCACGACUAUCCGUACUGCCUCGUGAGCAAGGAGCUGCGGAACAUCAUCAGAUCCCUGCUGGGGAAGUCGUCCAGCGUGCUAGAGCUCUUCUUCGACCACUGCAUUUACACCAUGCUACAGGAGCUGGACAGAACCCCAGGGGAGUCUUUGCAUGGGUACAGGAUCUGCAUCCAGGCGGUGCUUCUGGACCGGCCCAAAAUUGCCACCAUGAACCUGGGCAAGUACUUGGAGGUGCUGCGGUCCCACCAGAACAGGCCAGCAAAAUGCCUUACCGUCCUCUGGGCGCUGGGACAGGCCGGAUUCACGGACCUCCACGAGGGCCUGAAAGGUGAGAGCCGGGAGCGGCAGCCUGGGAUGCACCCGAACCUGACCAAAGGCUUCGGUAUGAUCGGGCCCAAGGACUUCUUCCCCCUCCUGGACUUUGCCUUCAUGCCCAACAACUCGCUGCCGCCCAGCCUGCAGGAGCAGCUGUGGGGGAGGAUGCACCCGAACCUGACCAAAGGCUUCGGUAUGAUCGGGCCCAAGGACUUCUUCCCCCUCCUGGACUUUGCCUUCAUGCCCAACAACUCGCUGCCGCCCAGUUUGCUCCUCAACCAUCUGCUGGAGUCCUGGGACAGCAGCAGCAAGAAGGUGCGGCAGUCGCUGCAGGAAACGGUUCGCUCCUUCAAAGUAACGAACGAGGAGCUGGUGGCGAGAGGGGCCAGUGGCGAGCAGGACGUGGCCGCCUGCGACGCUGCCUGCAAGGGCAGCUCGGGGUGUGCGUUCCCGGGGAGAGCCCUCGGGGGCAGACGGCAUGCGGCUCCUGCAGGCCGAGCCGAAGGAUUGCUCAGGGAAUGGCUCUCCUCUCUUCCAGCCUCCUCCUCUGCUCGCCUGCUCCGUUCCGCUGGCGUCCUGCCGGCCUCGCAGCAAGCCUGGCCGAAGGUCUCCUGCCUGCUGCCGCUGCUGGAGUGCGUGGCCGCGGCGCUCGAGCGGGGCUGGAAGCACUGGGUGGACUCCUGCAACAGAGAAGUGUCGUGGGACUGCCUGAGGGAACACCUGACGAGCUUGACCUAUUCCUCUUGGAUUUACCUACAAAACACAACCGUAGCCGUCAAAAACUGGGCUUUGGCCAUGAUUUCUGGACCCUGACCUGC